AUGGAUUCUAAGAUCCUCGCUGCUUCCAGCAAGCACCCAAAGCCCGUCGAUCACCUCUUUCAAUAUGGAACUGCGGGGUUUCGUAUGAAAGCCACCCUCCUCGAUUCAGUCGUCUUUCGUGUUGGCCUGGUCGCUGCGCUGCGCUCCCGAAAGCUCGGUGGGCAGACAAUUGGUGUAAUGAUCACAGCAUCACACAACCCUCCCGAGGAUAAUGGCGUGAAGCUCGUCGACCCCAUGGGCGAGAUGCUCGAGAACUCCUGGGAAGCCUACUCGACCGAACUCGCCAAUGCGAAAGACGAGGACGUUGUGAAGGUGUAUAGGAGCCUCGAGGAGAAAUUGAAGAUCAACCCAGACACAGCCUCUAGGGUUAUCUACGCUCGGGAUACGAGGCCAUCGGGUCCAAAACUAGUUCAAGCGCUGCUUGAUGCUUUGAAUGCUACUGGGACUGAGUACACCGAUUACAAGCUCCUCACAACACCACAAUUGCAUUACUUGACGAGAUGUACAAACACCGAGGGAACCCCACAGUCAUAUGGCGAAGUCAGUGAGAAGGGAUACUACGAAAAACUUGGAAAGGCCUUCAAGAGGGCCAUGAAGGGAAGAAAGACUGUUGGAAGCCUUACUGUUGAUUGUGCCAAUGGCGUUGGAGGCCCGAAGUUGGCGGAGCUCGUGAAGUAUAUACCAGCGGGCUCAGACGGUGGUGUUGACAUCAAAAUCAUCAAUGAUGAUGUACUGAAGGCUGAGGUUCUGAAUCACGAGUGCGGUGCGGAUUAUGUGAAGACCAAGCAACGAGCCCCGCCAACAUCAAAGGCAGGUAAUAACGAGCGUUGUUGCUCUUAUGAUGGCGAUGCCGAUCGUAUCAUUUACUACUUCAACGACCCUGAGCAUGGCUUCCGUCUUCUUGACGGUGACCGGAUUGCAACUCUUGCCGCGUCGUUCAUUGGUGACCUUGCCCGAGAAGCUGGACUCGCUUCAGAGCUCAAGAUUGGUGUUGUCCAGACUGCGUAUGCAAAUGGCGCCAGCACCAAAUAUGUCGAAAAGACGCUUGGUUUGCCAGUUGUCUGCACGCCAACCGGUGUAAAGUGGCUGCAUCACGCUGCGACGAAGUUCGACGUUGGUGUCUACUUUGAAGCGAAUGGCCACGGAACCGUAGUGUUCUCUCAGCAGGCCCUAAAGGCUUUCAGCACUAAAGAACCCGAAUCUCCUGCUCAAGCCAGUGCUUUGGAAACUCUUCGCGCACUUACAGAUUUGAUCAACCAGACUGUUGGUGAUGCGCUCUCUGAUAUGCUCCUCGUCGAAACGAUCUUGGCACAUAAGUCAUGGACUCCCAAGGAAUGGGAUCUGACCUAUACCGACCUCCCCAACAGAUUGGUACGAGUUGAGGUUGCCAAUAGAAACAUUUUCAAGACAACCAAUGCCGAGAGAACAUUGGUUGAACCUCAAGGCACACAGGACCGGAUUGACCAAUUGGUAUCCAAGUUCAAGGACGGAAGAUCGUUCGCAAGAGCUUCAGGCACAGAAGAUGCGGUCAGGGUGUAUGCGGAGGCAGCCACGAGAAGCGAGGCAGACGACCUAGCAAGCAAGAUUGCAGCUCUUGUCAAGCAUGAUGGUGGAAUGACUUCUUGA